AAAUCACCAUUUGAAAUUCAGUAUGGUAGUGAUUUUCAAGAUACUCUGGCAUCGCUUAUUAUUAUGUUGACACCAAUUACUCCACAUUUCAGCUCAGAACUUUGGGAUAUAUUUAGAUCUGUAGCCAAAGAAAGUAAAAUUUAUAAAAUAGAAAAACCAGUUGUGGAACAACAAUGGCCAGACUUAGAUAAAGAUUUUUUACUAGAUUUUAACAUUAACAUAAAUAAUAAAUGUGUUCAUAGAAGUCCAAUCACUCAAGAGGAAAUGAAGAAUUUUACUAAAGAAAAAGCACUCGACAUUGCAUAUAAUACAGCAGAGGUAAAGAAUGCCAUUAAAGAUCAUGUUAUAAGAGAAACAUUAUAUAAUGUUAUACCAAAAUAUCAAGUAUCCUUAGACAUUAAUACAAAAGUUUUUAAGAAGAAAGAAGAGACAGAUGAAUAAGUAAUGACUUUUUACCAGAAAUAUUUGUACAUAAGAUUAAUGUAUAUAAUUUUUUAUAUAAGAUGGAUAGAUAAGAAAAAACAGUAUAUAAGCAUAUUUAAGGAGAUAAAUUCAGAUUAAACAAAUAGAAUUAAAAUGUUAAUUUUAAUUUGAUGAUGAUUUUUCCAGUUAUGAAAGCAUAAUUUCAUAGCAAUAUUUGGUCAGUAAAAUGUAUUUUGUUUAAAAAAUGUGUUAAAAUUAUAAACAUUUAGAUAUGCCAGUUAAAAUAAACAGUUAUUUA